AUAGAGUGAAAAGAGAUUCCCAAAAUCCGAUCCAACUAAAGCAAUCAAGCAGGCAGGAGCAGACGGCGCAGACGCAGUGGAGAAGAUAACCCUUUUUCUCUUUUUCUCUAUCUACAACUGCAUACAUACACGUUCGUAAAGAUAGAGUCGGAAAGGAAAAGAAAAAAGGCUUCUUCAACCUCCUCCUCCUCGGCGGUAGAUCGAGCGGCGGACAAGAAGAAGACAAAGCCAAACAUGUCAUCCGACAAAGUUAGGGCUUCCCACAUCCUUAUCAAACAUCAAGGUUCUCGUAGGAAGGCUUCAUGGAAAGAUCCAGAAGGUAAAAUCAUCAUGGAUACUACCAAGGAGACAGCCAUCUCUAAACUCACCGCCAUCCGCGACGACAUCACCUCUGGCAAGGCCAAGUUCUCCGACGUCGCCACUCGUCAAUCAGACUGCAGCUCCGCCAAACGCGGAGGAGAUCUUGGCUCAUUUGGAAGAGGUCAGAUGCAAAAGCCAUUUGAAGAAGCAACAUAUUCACUCAAGGUUGGGGAGAUAAGCGAGAUUAUUGAAACCGAUAGCGGUGUUCAUAUAAUAUUGAGAACCGGCUGACCAUAUAUGUCAUCAAGAACAAUGAAUUCGCAUCUUCUUUAAUGCUGUGGCGCCCUCUAUCUCUAUCUCGAUCUCGUUCUCAAGUUGUUUUUACUAUGUCAUAUGAACUUCUGUUGAUUAUUUGUCUGUUGUUUCGUUUGGAUUAUACUCUAUUGUUUGUAAGAGAAGGGUGCACCACAAGACAUUCAACUAUCUUCAUCUUAAUAUUAUUGUUUUAUUUUCCAAA